GGGAGGGAAGGGGAGGAUGCUGCGGCUGCCGCGGGGCGAGGCGAGGCGGCGGCGGGCCGGCGGGCGGAGGAUGCGGCGGCGGCGGCAGCAGGCGGCGGCGGAGGAGCGGGGAGCGAUGCGGUGCUGCGCGGCGGGGCCCUGGCCCGCCCUGCUGCUGACAGCUUUUUUGUUAAGCUCUGCCGAUGGCAAUAAUGGAACAGUUAACUGGAAGACUAAGCAAGCCAACAGUUAUAUUAUCAGCAGAAUAAAGGCUGUUGAGAAGAAUGUGUACACGAUUCUGUCUAAGGUGCACUCUGAUCGGAAUGUAUACCCUUCUGCUGGAGUUCUUUUUGUUCAUGUUUUGGAGAGAGAGUACUUUAAGGGGGAGUUUCCUCCUUACCCAAAGCCUGGUGAAAUAAGCAAUGAUCCUAUAACAUUUAAUACCAACUUAAUGGGUUACCCUGACAGACCUGGAUGGCUGCGCUACAUACAAAGGACACCCUACAGUGAUGGAGUGCUGUACGGUUCACCAACUGUAGAGAACGUGGGCAAACCAACCGUCAUUGAGAUCACUGCAUAUAACAGGCGUACCUUUGAGACAGCAAGACGUAAUUUGAUCAUUAAUAUAAUGUCAGCAGAAGAUUUUCCUUUACCAUAUCAAGCGGAGUUCUUCAUAAGGAAUAUGAAUGUGGAAGAAAUGUUAGCAAGUGAAGUUCUGGGAGACUUUCUUGGAGCAGUGAAAAAUGUAUGGCAGCCAGAACGCUUGAAUGCUAUAAACAUUACUUCAGCGCUAGACAGGGGAGGGAGAGUUCCACUUCCUAUUAAUGAUAUGAAGGAAGGUGUGUACGUUAUGGUUGGUGCAGAUGUUCCAUUCUCUUCAUGCUUACGGGAAGUGGAAAACCCACAAAAUCAGCUGAGAUGCAGUCAAGAAAUGGAGCCUUUAAUAACAUGUGAUAAAAAGUUUCGUACUCAAUUCCAUAUCGAUUGGUGUAAAAUCUCUCUGGUUGACAAUACGAAGCAAGUUUCCACCUUUCAGGAAGUGAUUCGCGGAGAGGGGAUAUUACCUGAUGGUGGAGAAUACAAGCCACCUUCUGAUACACUGAAAAGCAGAGACUAUUACUCGGAUUUCCUAAUUACACUGGCAGUGCCCUCGGCAAUAGCACUGGUGCUUUUUCUAAUUCUUGCCUAUAUCAUGUGCUGCCGACGGGAAGGAGUGGAAAAGAGAAACAUGCAAACACCAGACAUCCAGUUGGUCCACCACAGCGCUAUACAGAAAUCAACUAAAGAGCUUCGCGACAUGUCUAAAAACAGAGAGAUAGCGUGGCCUCUUUCAACACUGCCUGUGUUUCACCCAGUUACUGGCGAGAUUGUUCCACCCCUUCACACAGACAACUACGACAAUACUAGUAUGCCACUGAUGCAAACACAACAGAACCUGCCACAUCAGACUCAGAUUCCACAGCAGCAGAGUGCAGGUAAAUGGUAUUCCUGAGGAAAGAAAAUUAACAGAAGCAAUGAAUUUGUAAUCAGAGAAAGCAGGAAUUGUCUUAUUUCCUUACCUGUUCUGAUUGAUGCAUGAGUUUUCCUGGUGUAUAUUGUGCAUGCCCACAGUAUUAAGCUGAUUUCAGUGCCAGAGAGUACAAUCACUUCCAUAUAACUAAUGUACUGUAUCUUUUUGUACUUUGGACAUUUUGGACAAUUUGUAAACACUGAUAACUUUUUAUAUUUGUUACAUUAAGAAAAUAAUCUUUCAAAUGUAUGUAUUAAUAAAUAUCAAAAUUUU